CAGUUAUUAUUUGAUUUAUGUGGACUUGCAGCUGCCCUUGCUUCGACCCCAGGAAAGGCUGUGUGGGAAGUUCGUGUCUCAGAGCCUGCAGCUUUACUCUGCAGAGUGUCUGGAGCCUCGUGUAUGCAAAGGAACUGAUAAAUAGGGAAAAGGCCCGGCUUGCUACAGCGGGAAGCGGAGCUGGAAUCACUGCUACAUCCCAACAGAUUUGCUCUGGAAAGAAGAGACUCUCUCUGGAGCUAGUGUUUCCUUCUCAAAAGUCUACUGUACACCAAAGUGGAUGAAACAGUGCAAUUUUGAGGAAAAUAUGGCAAAUACAUUUGUCACAGUACCUGAUGGGUACUGUCUUGCUGAGCCCAUUCAGUACUACGAUGUUUUACCAGAUCACUUCAAUUAUCAGCUGCAAGACACAGAUUUUCAGACUGCUCCUUACUGCCAAUAUUCCACAGUUCAGUAUCCUCCUCAAGUGCUGCAGCCACAACCUUCACAAUCUCAGUACAGCACAUACGGCCUGGACUCUCAAUACGGUGACGGGCAGUAUAUAAUCAGCAACUGUGAAUUAAACAAGCCCCACUUCAUGGCUUCCCGCAUUGAUGACAGUGGGUAUCAAGGACUCAAAAGGCCACGAUUAAACCACUCUUCCUUGCGAAUGAAGGGACAGGAGGAGCUCUGUGUUGUGUGUGGUGACAAGGCCUCAGGCUAUCAUUACAAUGCACUUACCUGUGAAGGCUGUAAAGGCUUCUUUCGGCGCAGCAUCACUAAAAACGCAGUGUAUCGAUGCAAGAACGGUGGUCACUGUGAAAUGGACAUGUACAUGCGAAGAAAGUGCCAGGAAUGUCGCUUGAAGAAGUGUAAGGCUGUGGGAAUGCUAGCGGAAUGUUUGCUGACUGAAGUACAGUGCAAGUCAAAGCGACUCAGAAAAAAUUUCAAACAGAAGAGCAGUUUUCUUUGCAACAUAAAACUAGAAGAUGAAGGACUGAAUAGUAAGCAUGUAUCAUCUACAACAAGACCUGGAAAAAUCACAGAGAAGAUGGAACUCACUCCAGGGGAGCAUCAACUUCUUGACCACAUUGUAGCAGCACAUCAAAAAUACACAAUUCCCCUUGAGGAAACAAAGAAGUUUCUACAAGAAACUGCAAGUCCAGAGGAAAGUUUUCUGCGUCUCUCCGAGACAGCAGUUGUUCAUGUACAAGUAUUAGUUGAUUUCACAAAAAGACUCCCAGGAUUUGCAAGUUUAGCUAGUGAAGAUCAAGUUGCACUACUAAAAGGGUCAACAGUUGAAGCAAUGUUUUUGCGUUCAGCCCAGAUAUACAACCAAAAAAUUAGUGAAUGCCCAUCAACAAGUGACAGUCACGGAAGAUUUGCUGAGCAUGGGACAUGUUGCCACAUUCAAAACCUUGACAAGAAUGCCAUUUAUUCCAUGGAAAUGUCUCACAGCGAAGACAGCCCAACUUCCACUACGACCACAGGUAUAACCGAGGAGUUUAUUACUGCGCUGUUUUACUUCUACAGAAGCAUGGGAGAACUUAAAGUGACAGAGACAGAAUAUGCCCUGCUCCUCGCAGCGACCGUCUUUUUUUCAGACCGCCCGCUCCUGAGGGACAAGCGGCACGUGGAGGAGCUGCAGGAGCCGCUCCUGGACAUCCUCUACAAGUACUCCAAGAUCCACCACCCCGAGGACCCGCAGCACUUCGCCCGCCUCAUCGGGCGCCUCACGGAGCUGCGCACGCUCAACCACAGCCACGCGGAGGUGCUGGCGCUGCCUUUGCGGCUCUCCAUUUUGCGUCCCCCGCGCGCCGCCGCUUCCCGCCUCCUCGCUCUCCCUCAGCGUGGCGAGCCACGGCGUGGCCAUACCUGA